AUGUUUCAAAAUUUUAAUAAUAAGAAAAGUCAUGUUUCUAUUGCUAAUAAUACGUAUCUGGAUAGUGAGGGAUCAGGUAAAUUUAUUAUUCCUUGUUUUAAUAUAGAAAUAGGAGAUAUGCUCGUUCUUAAAUUAGCUACCAAAUUACUUUCCGUUAGUAGGCUCAUUAAAUCUGGUUAUGUACUUGUUUUUGACAAGAAAGGGUGUCACUUUUAUAAAGUUAGGGACUGUAAGGUCACAGGUAAGGUACAUGGUCAUGCAGCUGAUAUCAGUGGUGUUUACAAACUGGAUAGCAUCACACCUGGAGGUAAUACUUCACAGCCAAUUGGGUGCUCUUUAGGUCUCCUGAAGAAUAGAGUUCAGGAGAAGCAGAGUGCAAUGUUAGUGUCAUCAGAGCUCUGGCACAAGCGGCCGGGACACAUGAAUUAUGGAGGUAUGUGCACGUUGCGACAAAAGAAAGCUCUUAUAUUUCAGAAUGAAGAACAUGAGCUCUCUGGGUGCGUGGCUUAUUUGAAGGGCAAGCAAGUCUCAAAAGCUUAUCCCUCUGGUGAAGGCAAGUGGGCCACUAGUCGAUUAGAGCUCAUUCACUCGGAGAUCUGUGGACCGAUGCCGGUUAAAAGUUGGGGCGGUGCGAAGUAUAUGCUGACCUUGACAGAUGACUACAGUAGGAAGAGUUGGAUGUAUCUUCUACAAGAGAAAAAUCAGAAUUUAACCCAACCCAAUAACAGUAUGGGGGAUACUGUUAUUAGUUCUGAAGGAAGUGACAUAAAUAUAAAAAAUGAUGAAACUGGUCAGGAGUACAGGACAAAUACCGUACAUCUUAAGAAAGUGGAAGGUCAAUGGAAAAUUUAUGAUCAUGAUAAAGAAGUUCAGAUUGAUAAUUGUUUAAAAGACAAGAGAAAUGCAGAUCUAGAUAAAUUAGUUGCGAAGUACAGAGAAGUAGAAGAAAACGCAAACCGUCAAACAAAAAAAAAUAAAUCGUUGAAGACGAAUUACAAAAAGGAAAAAAAGAAGGUAGAAAAUUCAAAACGGUCUGGCGCCGGAGCCGACGUUGUAUUUGAACCUAAACUUUGGUACUUCAAGGAAUUAAUAUUUUUUGAUGACCAAAUUGAACCAAGAGCUUCUUGUUCAAAUAUUAAUGACGAAGAAGAGGAUCUGCGUGAUGAAGGAAACGAGGAGCAAGAUUCCAUCAACUGUAACUAUAGGCAGGCCUCUUAG